AUGCCACCCCCAGAGAAUAACCCGCCCGAUUUCGAUUUCGGCGGAAGAUCAUAUGUUCUGGUCUCUCAUCGUCAUUCCAUUUCGUAUAGUUCACCACAGGUGCGCCUGGGAAUCGAUGUGAACCGUGAGUCUGCGGGACUCGCCAGCAUUGGAGUCGUGGGCGAAGACCUGCGUUCCGAACAGGAUCUGGCCGAUGAGUAUGUACUGGAAUAUCCUUCUAUUCCCAUCGACAGCCACACACAAAGCGUUCCUAUGGCGAUUGGAGGCGAUGCCAGUGGCUCGAGCUUUUCUGGAACAACCCCUUUGAUCCGCGUUCUGAAUCAAGACCUGUCGUCGACGGAUUUGGAAGCUAACUACGGAACCUCAGAUUCCUCCAAACCUAGCCAAAGUUACAGUAGCAGUCAGGAUAAAUGGCAGGCUCCGAAGAGUGAAAACCAGAACCUUUUUGUUCGUGCUGCUUCGUACUUACCGGCGGUGUUUUUGGGAACGUUGUUGAACGUGCUCGAUGCAUUAUCUUAUGGUAUGAUCAUGUUCCCCAUUGGAGAAGCCAUUUUCGCUCAAAUGGCCCCGGCAGGUCUUUCGAUGUUCUACAUCUCUACAGUGGUAUCGCAGUUGGUCUAUUCGUGUGGUGGAAGUGCCUUUAAGGCCGGUAUUGGUUCCGAGAUGAUCGAGGUCACUCCCUUUUUCCAUUCCAUGGCCUUAAACAUCAGUGCGAACAUGGCGGGCCAAUCCCAGGAGGCUGUUCUUGCCACUGUCAUAGUCACUUACUGUCUCUCAUCCAUCGUCACCGGUAUAAUUUUCUUCCUCUUAGGUAAAUUGAAGCUCGGUUCCUUGGUGGGUUUCUUCCCAAGACACAUUUUGGUCGGAUGUAUUGGAGGUGUUGGAUAUUUCUUGGUCAUUACUGGUCUUGAGGUCUCGUCUCGUCUCGAAGGUGGAAUUCUCUACAAUUGGGCAACCCUCUCAUUUUUGUUUGGAGACUACAUCACUCUCCUUCAAUGGGUCAUUCCUUUGGCGCUCACCGUUGUCUUAAUUGCUUUGCACCAACGUAUUCACCACUCCUUGUUGGUGCCCACAUUCUUCAUCGGUGUCUUCAUUGCCUUCCACAUUCUUGUCGCUGUGAACCCUCACUGGAACUUGGAGAAGGCUAGAGACUAUGGUUGGGUGUUCCCAGCUGUUGAAAACAAAGAACCAUGGUACGCACACUAUAAACUUUUCCGCUUCAACUUGGUGGACUGGUUAUCUAUCGCAAGAGAGUUUCCUUCUAUGUUGGCUUUGACUUUCUUUGGUAUUUUGCAUGUCCCUAUCAACGUUCCAGCUUUGGCUGUCAGCGUUGGUAUGGAUCAGUGUGACGUCGACAGAGAGUUGGUAGCACAUGGUUACUCUAAUGCUCUUUCUGGUAUGAUUGGUUCUAUUCAAAACUACUUGGUGUACACAAACUCUGUUCUUUUCAUCAGAGCUGGUGCCGACGACAGAUUGGCCGGUAUUUUGUUGGCUAUCGCUACUGCCGGUGUUAUGGUUUCAGGUCCUGUUGUCAUUGGCUAUAUUCCCGUCUGUGUUGUUGGUUCUCUUAUCUUUUUGCUUGGGUAUGAGUUGCUUAAGGAGGCCGUAUAUGACACCUGGGGAAAGCUCCGCAAAAUUGAAUAUUCCACAAUUAUUAUUAUCGUGGUAGUCAUGGGAGCUUGGGACUUUGUCUACGGUGUGUUGGCUGGUAUCCUUCUUGCUUGUUUGUCUUUUGUUGUGGAGGCUGCAAGAAGACCCGUCGUUCGUGGUAUUUACACCGGUGUGGUUGCUCGUUCUACUGUCUUGAGACAUCCUAAACAACAAGAAUUUUUGAAGGAUGUCGGUAACCAGAUUUGUGUCAUCAAGCUUCAAGGUACGGUCUUCUUCGGCUCUAUUGGAAAUGUCGAGAAGCCAAUCAGAGAGAUUUUCGAGAAGACAAGAUUCGACAAGAAUCCAAUUAAGUAUCUUCUCAUUGAUAUGAACGGUGUCGUUUCAAUUGAUUUCUCCGCCGCUGAAGGAUUCCGUAGAAUCCUCAAUUUGACCAAUGAGUUCGGCACUCAGUUGGUGAUUUCCUCUGUUUCUGAAGAAGAUGACAUUGUGAUUGCUUUGAGAGACGCAGGAUUGUGGGAUGUUCCUUGUGAUCACGACAUUCAGCUUUUCAACACAUUGGACUAUGCUCUCGAGUGGUGUGAGAACUCGUUUUUGAAAACGUACAACAAGUUGCAAAAGAAUGUUCCACAAAUCACCAACAUGAGCACCCGCAACUCUAUUUCGAAAUUUGGCUCCAGUCCUUCCAGAUCAACCCCAACGCCAGGCUUUGAUGUCGCCUUUGGAACACCAAGAACUACUCAGGUGUACCAGGCCGCCAGCAAAACAGUGCGCGAUGAGCAAAAAAUGAACAAAAAAUACUUUUCUGAUUCGGACAAGUCUUUUAAGGCUGAGCCCUUACCAUUGAUCUUGAUCACGUUCUCAGGAUUGUCCGACAAGGACGAUCAGUUCUGGGCCAAAUUGGCGCCAUUAUUUGUGAGAGAGAGAAUCCCAGCCGGCGUCACUUUCUACGACACAAGCAUUCACACACCUUCAUUCUUCAUAUUGGAAUCUGGUUUAGUCAAAUAUUCCAGUGUGUUUGAGACCGACAACAGAGAGAUCCUGUCGUCAAUCUUGCCUCGUACUGCUUUUGGUGAUUUACUCGAGUUAAGUGAGUACCGCAGAGUAACUUUCACGACUGUAAACGAUACUACACUCUGGAGACUCAGAGAGGCAAAGCUUAAGACGUUGGUGAACUCUGCAGAAGGACAGUUGAUCUACAACGAGAUGUUAAUUGUGCAAACCAAAUUGAUCAAGGAACGUUUCGACUCGCUUACUGCCAACUUGGUGAUCACCGCAUAA